UCCCAGCAUGCCCUGCGGCCCAGCAGUGACACGCCCCUCCCAGCAUGCCGUGCGGCCCUGCAGUGACAUAGCCCGUCCCAGCAUGCCGUGCGGCCCUCACAGGGAGCCAUGUCCCAGCAUGCCCUGAGGCCCAGCAGAGAGGAUUUCCAUAAGGCAGGAAUCCUUUGUUUGAUUCCCCCACCUCCCAGUGGAAAAGUUCAGCAGUCCAGCCUCUGCCUGGGAGCAACCGAGACAAGUCACCGCUUGCAGGGAGCCACCUGAGGGUUCGGUUGAGUGUUGAGGACGAUGGAGGCCACUUUGCCGGCAGUGGCAGAGGAGCUUUUGAAAGAGAUAAAAAAGGCUUUCCAGGAGACUUCGCAUGUUCCUGAUGAUCUCCUGCUGGCGCUGAAAUUUGUAUUUGGCUCAUCUGCUGUGGCGGCCUUGGAUUUGGUUGAUCAACACUCAGUCACGCGAAUCGUGUCUCCUAGUGGAAGGGCCGUGUACCAGGUCCUCGGGAGUUCAGGCAAACUGUACACCUGCUACGCCUCCUGCCACUUCUGCACGUGCCCUGCAUUUGCUUUCUCCGUGCUGCGGAAGAACGACAGCCUGGUGUGUAAGCACAUCCUUGCCAUGUACCUCAGCCAGGCUAAAGGCGCAUGCCAAGAGCUCUCUGUCUCUGACCAGCAGCUGGCAAGCAUCUUACUGGCAGAGGAAGAGGAGGAAGGACCUGGGACCGUGUGCUAACACCUUCUCUCCUGCAACGCCUCCCUGGCUCCUCUGAGGCCCUGAGUGACGCAUCCCAGAGCCCAACUCCACAUUGAGUGUUGUGUCUGUUGCCCCCCCGCACUCCGGCCACCUGGCUCUGUCUCAUUUGCAAACGCGGCCUGGUCUCAUCUAACAUCGCUUGCCCAAAGAAACGACACAGCGCAAGGUUAGGUUGUUUUCAGUGGUAAAUUUAAGCAUUCGUUCUGUAUGUAAAUAACAAAGUUACUGUAACUACAAAGCCCAAGUAACAAGAGGCAAAUACCAUCCAGCCUAUGUACAUCAGGAACACAUGGGUUAAGUGACAUGUGAAGAACUCCAGACACGGGCGGUGAGUGUUCCUCUGCCAUUUUACUUGGAUUCACAUUUUUAGAAAUCUUCAGCACUCAUUUGUUUUCCUUUCAAACAACUUAGUUAAUAAAUUAAAAGAAGCCAGUGGCACAUCCCAACUAGGGAAACAGUGACAACAGCACAUGGCAAACGUCCCCUGGCUCCUCACAGGCAUAUCAGAAGGGAUGUGUAGUGGAUCCUGGCUUGCAGUGUAAAAGGUCACCUACAGCUAUUCCUUGAUCAGUCAUUAACUAACUGCUGGGCCCCUGCUUUAGUACUGUGCAUUAUGCUCUCUCUCCUGCACUCUAGGCUGCGAUUUGUUUUAAGGAGAAGGAGGCCAGCACUCGGUUUUUUUUUGCAAUGACAUAUGUGGGUUGCAACCCUCCCCGACUCACGGGUGAGACCCUGGCUGGUCCCUUCCAUGAUUAACAGGAGCGAGGCGGCCAGAGACAAUAGAGAGAUUGAAAUGAGAUGAGUCCUGCUGAGAAGGCAGGAAGUGGUCACAGCUGUGGGACGGACUGGGAGCAAGGAAGUUGCACCAGAGAUGAGCUGCAAAGGGAAGGAGAAAGAGACAGGGCCAUAAUUUUAACCCUUUUGAUGCUAGCUGAAGGAUUAACAGGCUGACUGGAGCCAAAGUUGGGACCUGAUCUAAGUUGACGGCAGCAGGUGCAGUACCAUCGAAAUCACAGUUCGGAUUCAGUCAGGUUUGGAUCUGGCCCUUUGUAGCCACAGGGCAGCUAACCCAUCUCCUUGCCUCCUAGCGCCAUGGAUGGUUAGAGGCCCUUGGUCCCACAACCACCCUGUCUCACACCUGCUGAGCCACAGCAACCUCCCUCAUUGACCCCAUCAGGUCAGAGGCUUAGUGUAAGAAAUAGGAGGGGAUUUUUCUGAUUCCGUUUAGUGCAGUGCAAAAUAAACUAAAAGCAAUGGAAAGCUGGCUAGAGCGUUAUUCAAGUUACAUUUACCAAUGACAGACCGCUCUAGCUAUCCCCUACCUGCCCUCUUCACAGCGACUGCCUUGCGAAGAGUGGCAGGAGCGGGUUUGGCUUCCAUCGCUCUCACUCAGGUUAAUGGCUCCUCCUUCCCACCACCUGGCCCCAGAGGGGCAGCUCUGAGCAUGUGAGAGCUGCCCAGCGGCGACCCUAUUAAAUACACAGGCAUGAACUACAGCUCCCUGGUGCUCACAUGCCAAGCGGCUCAGAGAUUAAAUUUGCUACUUCACUGGCACUUUAAGAACCUUCUCCUAAGGUUCCAGUAUAGAAGAGGGUUGAAGCCUAAGCCUGUAGUUUGCAGACCUAGCCGUUGUUUUGCCCUGUAACAAGCCAGUUUCUUCUUUCCAUUAGCACUGUUACUGGGUAUCAUUUUUAAUGGCCAGUCUGGAGGCUGGUAGGAAAUCCGGCCCUUUUGCCAUUUCUGCCCUCCCUGUCAGUGUCGUCCAGACUUGCAGCCGUAGGCGUGUGGGGCGAGGAGGGGGCUAGUUUUACUGGAAUUCUGAGCCCCCUUAGAACAAAAGGGCAUACCAGGUACACAUAGCUGCUCCUUGCACCCUGAAUGACCGCUUCAACACAGUCAACCCCUUUGGAGCGAAUAAUGAUGCAAAUGCCGCAUUAUUCUCCCCACCUGUGUGUACCCAGUUCAUAUAUUAAAUAGGACUUAGUCAUUUAAAACCCCCAAAAGCUAGGCUGGCCGAGAGUUAUUAACCUGCAGUGCACGUUAGGGCAUCUCUGCCCUUCAGUGGAAGUAUAGAACAGUCAGUGGCCAAGACGGUGCAAAUUAGCCCCUGAGCCAGGGCUGUAGUUGUAGCAAUUUUUGACCCAG